CAUUUGAGAUUCAAUCCAAUCCAAUCGCAAGUCCACGACAGGCAAUGCGCACAAGAUGAGUCGCUCAUUGUCGAGUCGCCUCGCGGCGAAGUCGCUAUUCCAAAUCCCCCGAGUUACGGUCCAAGCCGUCCGAUCAAUUUCACAGACGACUCCUCUCCGCGAUGACAAGCCUAGGAGCCGACCCAGUACAGCCUCAAUCCUAGAGAGCAUCUACGGCCCACAAGAGACGACCAAGGCCCAGUCUACUACCAGCAACAGUGCCAUGGCCAACCUCUCUCAAAGUCUCGUGUUCAAGACUCUUGACAAGACCAACAUCGAUACGAGUGCCUUGGGCAGAAAAACCCACCGCAAGGUGCAGACAAAGGAGGACGACCUCGAACCCUACCACUUUCACAUCUACUCUCACAAGCACAACACUCACAUUACCUGCACCAAGCCCAACCGCGACCCUAUUAUUUCCCUGUCGGCCGGCAAUAUUGGAUUCCGCAAGUCUCGCCGUGGCACCUUUGAUUCCGCCUACUCUCUUACCAAGUACGUCCUGGAGCGAUUAAUCCACACCGGAUGGCCCGUCAAGAUGAACCGAUUGGAAGUUGUGAUGCGAGGUUUCGGCCAGGGACGAGAGGCUGCUCUCAAGGUCUUGAUGAGCCCCGAGGGCAAGGUUCUGCGAGACAAGAUUGUGCGUGUGGCCGAUUCGACAAGGAUCAAGUUUGGUGGUACCAGGAGUGAGAAGCCCAGACGUCUGUAAGCCACAUGGCCCGGGGUAUGCGUUGGAAUUUGGACACUUUGGGAAUAUGUUCAAGCCAGAAUAUCACUUCGCCGCACAGGUUAUGAAAGUGAAUGUACUAUACUCUGUACGACAUGUACUAUACAAAUGAAC